AUGAAGUUGGACAUCACAAAAACAUUUAGUCAUCAUUCAGAUAGAGUUAAAGGUAUAGAUUUCCAUCCAACAGAACCAUGGGUUUUAACAACAUUAUAUAAUGGUAAAAUUGAAAUUUGGUCAUAUGCAACAAAUGCAUUAGUUAAAUCAAUACAAGUUACAGAAUUACCAGUACGUACUGGUAAAUUUAUUGCAAGAAAGAAUUGGAUUGUUGUUGGAUCAGAUGAUUUUCAAAUUAGAGUUUAUAAUUAUAAUACUGGUGAAAAAAUUACUCAAUUUGAAGCUCAUCCAGAUUAUAUUAGAGCUAUUGCAGUACAUCCAACAAGACCUUUAAUUUUAACUUCAAGUGAUGAUUUAACUAUAAAAUUAUGGAAUUGGGAUAAUAAUUGGAAAUUAGAACAAAUUUUUGAAGGUCAUCAACAUUAUGUUAUGAGUGUUAAUUUUAAUCCAAAAGAUCCAAAUACUUUUGCUUCUGCUUGUUUAGAUAGAACUGUUAAAAUUUGGUCUUUAGGAAAUUCACAACCAAAUUUCACAUUGGUGGCUCAUGAUGCAAAAGGUGUGAAUUAUGUUGAUUAUUAUCCUCAAGCUGAUAAACCAUAUUUAAUUACUUCAAGUGAUGAUAAAACUAUAAAAGUUUGGGAUUAUCAAACCAAAUCUUGUGUAGCUACAUUAGAAGGUCAUUUAUCAAAUGUUUCAUUUGCAAUUUUUCAUCCUGAAUUACCAAUUAUAGUUUCUGGUUCAGAAGAUGGAACUAUAAGAUUUUGGAAUUCAAAUACUUUUAAAUUAGAAAAAUCAAUAAACUAUAGUUUGGAAAGAGUAUGGUGUAUUGGUAUAUUACCAAAAUCAAAUGUUAUUGCUGCUGGAUUUGAUUCAGGAUUUGUUAUAAUAAAAUUAGGUAAUGAAGAACCACUUUUUUCAUUAGAUUCAAAUAAUAAAUUAAUUUAUGCUAAAAAUUCAGAAGUUUCACAAUCUAUAAUAAAACCAAAUUCAGCUCAAGGUUUAAAAGAUGGCGAAUCAUUAAAUCUACAACAAAGAGAAUUAGGAACAAUUGAAAUAUUUCCACAAUCAUUAAGUCAUUCACCUAAUGGUAGAUAUGCUGCUGUAUGUGGUGAUGGUGAAUAUAUAGUUUAUAGUGCAUUAGGUUGGAGAUCAAAAGCUUAUGGAAGUGCUCUUGAUUUUGUAUGGAAUAGUCAUGAUACAUCAGCUGCAUGUCCAUUUGCAAUAAGAGAAUCAGGUGUAAGUGUUAAAAUUUAUAAAAAUUUUCAAGAAUAUCUACAAUUAGAUUUAUUAUAUCAAGCUGAUAAAAUUUUCACAGGUGCUUUAUUAGGUGUUAAAUCAGAAGGUUGUAUAACAUUUUAUGAUUGGGAACAAGGCAAAUUAGUAAGAAGAGUUGAUAUUGAUGAUGAUAUAACUGAAGUUGUAUGGUCAGAUAAUGGAGAAUUAUUAGCUAUAAUAACUACAUCAAAUUCAAGUGGUAAAACUAGUGGUACUUCAACUAUUGGUAGAAAAAGUGAUGAAACAUAUUUUUUAAGUUAUAAUCAAGAACUAUUUGAACAAGCUCUUGCCAAUGAUGAAUUAGAUCCAGAAGAAGGUGCAGAACUGGCUUUUGAUGUGUUGUAUACAUUACCAACUUCAGAAUCUAUAUUAUCUGGUAAAUUCAUUGGUGAUGUCUUUGUAUAUACUACAGCAACUACUAAUAGAUUGAAUUAUUUUGUUGGUGGUGAAGUAAUAAAUUUAGGUCAUUUUGAUCGUAAAGUUUAUAUAAUUGGUUAUAACGCAAAAGAUGGGAAAUUAUAUUUAAUUGAUAAAUCAUUUGAUGUUAUAUCAUGGUAUAUUAAUUCAGAAGUAUUGGAAUUACAAACUUUGGUAAUGAGAGGUGAUUUAGAACAAUUUGCAACACAUAAUAUAUUGGAUGAAGAAACAGGAGAAGAAACUCCAGAUUUAGCCACAGUAUCAAUAGAAAAUUUAUCAGAAGAAUAUAAUAAUCUUAUUUCAAAUUAUUCCAAAACAGAAUUAAAUCAAUUAUCAAGAUUUUUUGAAAAAUUAGGUUAUUUAUCAUUAUCAUAUUCCUUAUCACAAGAUUUUGAUUCAAAAUUUCAAAUCUCUUUAAGUACUGGUAACUUAAAACAAGCUUAUGAAUUAUUAUCAACACAACAAAGUGAAAAUCCAAGUUUAGCUUCUAUAAAUAUACAGAAAUGGAAAAAAUUGGGUGAUUUAGCAUUAACAAAAUGGAAUAUAAAAUUAGCUCAAGAAUCAUUUUGGUUAGCAAAAGAUUAUUCAUCUUUAUUAUUGUUAUUAUCAUCAUCAAAUAAUAAAGCACAAUUGAUAAAAUUAGCAGAAGAAACUGAAUCAAAAGGAAGAUAUAAUAUAGCAUGGCAAUCUUGGUGGUUAGUUGGUGAUGUUAAUAAAUGUUUAGAUUUGUUAGUUAAAAGUGGUAGAUAUACUGAAGCUAUUUUAUUUGGUACAAAUUAUGGAGUUGAUCAUGAAAGAUUAGAAAAUUAUAUACAAGAAUUUAAAAGUAUAUUAAAAUCAAAAAAUAAAGAUAAAAUAAGUGAGAGAUUAAUUGAUGAUUUUACAAAAUUAAAUAUAAAUGGAAGUUCAGCACCGUUAAUUAAUUUUGAAGAAGAAUCAACUGAAAAAGAAGAAGAAGCAGUAGAAAAAGAUGAAGAAUCAGUGGAAAAUCAAGAGGAUGAUUUGGGAGAAGAAGAAACAGAAUCAAAAGAAAUAAAUAAUGAAGAAUUAGAAGAAGAAGUUGAUGACGCAAAUGGAGAAGUUGAAGUAAAAGAAACUUAA